GGGAGGGGCGCGGCCAGGCGGCGGCACGGGGCCGCCAUGUCGGGAGCGGCGCUGGGCAAGGUGGCGGCGGCGGCGCGGCCGCGGCGGAAGGUGCUGAGCGCGGAGGAGGCGGAGCUGUUCGAGCUGGCGCAGGCGGCGGGCAGCGGGCUGGACCCGGAGGUGUUCAAGGUGCUGCUGGACCUGCUGCGCAUGAACGUGGCGCCGCUCGCCGUCUUCCAGGUGCUCAAGUCCAUGUGCGCCGGGCAGCGGCUGCCGGCGGGCAACGAGAGCGGAGCCCCCGCCGCGCCGGCGCCGCUCCCCGCCGACAGCCGAGUGUUUCAGGGCGAAAACUUCACUGUAGCUGAUGAGUAUAUGUUGACCCGUGAAGAAUUCUGUAGUAAAACUGAAAAAGAAAACUUUUGCCAGCAGCCACUGUGUUGGGAACACAGAACGAUGGAAAAAAGAAAACCUUGGCUGUCAGCGCCUGCGUACCUGAUGGUGCGUCCUACAGAGAGCGGAUCUGAAAGGCAAGAUUCACUUGAAUAUCUUCAAGCAGUCGGUUUCAGGGUAUCUGCAGAGAAUGCUGGCCUUGGAUUUUCACUGAGCUGGUGCUUAGUACUGGUGGUAGAGGAGAAAUUUGGCCUCCUUUCCCAACACAUUCAUCCCUGGCCCAAUGCUGAUGGGCAGUGCUGUGCUUCUUUGCCAGAAGGUUUGGUCUUCCCAGUUGUGUCAGGUGUGUUUUUUAUUUUAUUUAAUUUUCUGGAAGAUUUUGCUGCAUUAGGGCUCAUAGCAGUAGCUGACUUUAAAUGAAGAUUUCUUGUUUUAGUUUAUCAGCCUAAGUGACUUUGUCAUCACCCAGCACCUCCUGAUGAUGAACAGCAGCUAAUGCCCUUGUGAAUAAAUUCACCACUGAAAGCCAGAUCUCUGGAAAUUCUUUGGGCAGAACUUUACAUCUGAUAGUGUUUUAUCACAAUCUUAGUCCUGCAUCCUCACUUCUUUGAGUAUAAGAUGUGCCAGUGAGAUCUCAUUAACAUUGAGAAGAGCGUGUGUUUUUUUUUUUUUUUUCUAGACCUCCUUGUGAAGAUUUAUUUCUGUACCCUCUCAGAUGGGAGAUGUUUGUGCUUGCAGUGACUCAGUCAAGGAGGGGCUGUGUUAGUGGAGUGCCUAGCCUGACCGAAGAUGGUCCUCAAGUGCAAGCUAACAGUCUUGUGCCACCUUAACUGCAAUUUUGUACAAUUCUGGCUAUCUUAUGUCUGAUACCACAGUGCAGUGUAGGCACCUGGAGCAAUGUGCAUGGAGUGUUGGAGGAAGAUGUGUGGGGUUCGCGGUCGAAGGUCAUGAAAACAGACUUCCAGAGAGAGGCCUCAGUUUGUGGGAACUGGUAAUGCAGUAAAGCAGAGCUGGACCAUCAGUGCCAGCCUUGUCUGUGUUUCCCUUGAUCACAUGAGGCUGUGUUAGGAUUUCAACUAUCUGCAUGUCAAGGCAGCAGCUUGUUUUACUGAAGCUCUUAGAGGAAAGGGUGUUGCUGACAUACAAAUCCCUUUAAAAUCAAUGUAUCUUCAGGCUAAUUUUCUCUCCUUAAAUUGGAGAAGCAAGUAGUUAGCUCAAACUGAAGAGGAGGAGGAAUCAGGCUUCCUCAUUCAUUGAACUUUCUGGUUCUGAACACAGUCCAUCAUCAAUGCCUCAGUUCAGGAGUUGGGGAGCUGCCGUGGGGAAGGGGAACCAAAGCUGUAUCUGCUGUUGGCCCUGCCAUCUCUUGUUGGAAGAUGCUGCUUAUUUUUAAGAAGAGGAUGGCGUGGCUUCUGCACAGGACAAGGCGUUUGGAGAUGGGAGAUGCCUCUUCUGCAUAGCUGGGACUUGUCUGCUGACGUAGCCAGAGCUCCUUGCGCUGAUGCAGAGAACAGCAAUUGUU